UACGGGGGAUACGGUGGAUACGGAGGAGACGGUGAUCAUCAGCAAUUCAUUUCCCCGGGCACUCCUUAUGUUCAUCAAAACAAUUCGGACGUUGGAGGAUAUGGUGGUUAUGGUGGAUAUGGUAGAUAUGGUGGUGAAGCACCUCCGAUUCUGGACAGUCUGUACUUAAAAAAGACGGUUUUCAACUCCUUAGAUGAACUAAAGAAACGGAUAUAAGAAAUAGCAAAUGCGGAUGGUUUCGUUAUUGUCACCCGUCGAUCAAAGAAAAUCGGGGGAAGAACCGGGAGGGUAUGGCUUGAAUGUGAUCGUGGUGGUGAGCACUAGAGUACAGCAACACUUAGAAAAGCUGGAAGCAAAAAAACCGGUUGCCCGUUUUACCUGCUAGCUGUUCGAAACCACCCGUAUGAAACCUGGGAGAUAAAAGACGGAACAAUUGAACAUAAUCACGAACUUUGUGAGGACCUGUCGGCCCACGCGUUUGUGCGAAGGUUUACUCCAAGCGAAAUGAAACUGAUUCGAGCAGCUGACAGCUCAAAACAUGGAGCCGCGCAAAAUAUUUCAAACGAUAAGGAAGCAGGACCCCGACAGGUUUCAUGUUCAGAAAGACGUUCAAAACGUUGUAGCGAAGAUUAGAGCCGAACAAAGACAAGGAUUGACUCCCAUGCAGUCACUAGAAAAUGUGCUGAUGAACAACGACUUUAUUUACGAGACACGGGAAGAACCCGGAACAGAGAUCGUAACAGAGAUCUUCUUUCUUCAUCAGGACUCGAGAGUCUUGUGGCGUGCAUUCCCCCACGUCAUGAUGAUCGAUGCAACGUACAAGACAAACAUAUACAAUAUGCCCUUUAUCCAGAUUGUUGGUAUGACGCCUACCAACAAAUCGUUUAUUAUCGCGCAUGCCGUUGUUAGUAAAGAACGGGGUGAUAACUUUGUGUGGGUGCUUGAGAGGGUUAAGGCAAUGUUGGAUGAAUGUAUGGAGCCACGUGUGAUUUUAACGGAUAGAGACCUAGCCCUUAUGGGCGCGUGUGCUAAAGUAUUUCCAGACGCCUCCAGGCUUCUUUGCAGGUGGCACAUACAACAGAAUGUUAUGAAGCACUGCAAGGGUGCCUUCACAGACGACGACUGGAAGAAAUUUAUGUCAUUCUGGGGUUCAUUGAUUGAGUCUCCAUCCAUACCCAUCUACGACUACCACUUGCGCAACAUGCGAAAGCGACUUGUGGAGUGCAAACGUUCUAGAGUCUUCAAAUACGUGUACGAUAACUGGCUAAAAGACUAUAAGGAGAUGUUUGUCUUUGCGUGGACUGAUAAGAGGCGCAACUUUGGUAAUCGUACUACAAACAGAGUUGAGAGCCAACAUGCCAACUUAAAGAGAUACGUCGAAGAUAGGAGCUCGCUGGACCGUAUAGUUGGUUGUGUCCGGGAUAUAGUUGAGACACAGUUCGGUGAAAUAAGGAAGACUUUUCGAGAAAGCAUCGAAAAAACAAUGAAACACCACAAACACCCGAUGUUUCAACACCUACUUGGAAAAGUAUCCCACAAAGCCCUUGACUUGUUGCAUGGAGAGGCAAUUAGGAGGCUAGAUGUCUUGGAGCGCUUUAAUUCAUCAUGUGGUUGCCAAAUGUGGCUGCGCUACAUCCGGAUGUACGAGCCAGGCUUGACAGGCUCGACGAUUUGGUAGGUUGGCUGGUACGGGCGGAGCAGGAUAGACGAGAGAGAGAGGGAUUACCCCCGAUACCGCUUCCACCGGUUCGAGCACCACAUCAGGAGCACCAGCCGCAGCAGCAGCAUCAGGAUUCAGAUUCGGAUUUGGAUGCAUAGACCUGUUGUUGUUUUUAUUGUUAUUAUGGAUGUACAAACUUAUCUUAUAUAUUUUUGUUAUGGAUGUAAACAGUUAUCUUAUAUAUGUCAUAUUUAUGUUUGUUUUCAG